GUGAAAAUAAUGUUUUCAUAUGAUAACCUUGGUAUUGACCAAAGUAACGAGGAUGGAUCGUAUGAAUUCUGCAAUGGAGGAUUCAAACUUUCAAGGACACAAUCAGCUUUAAGUAGAAUGCAGGAAGAUAUAAAGUUUAAAUACGAUGAUCUGGAUUGUAACCUGGAUUUGAUGGCAAGUCCUCUUCGCUCGUCCUAUCGGAAUGGCCAUGAGCUUAAUCUUUACCAGCACCUCAAAGAACACAAUCGCACUCCCCAUCUGCAAGAACAACAACAACGUCUUCAUCACUUCUACAAUGGCAAUUUUGAGAAAAAUAUUCUACAAACAUCCCGAAAGUGUAGUUCACCACCACCGAAAAGUGUUCAACCACUACGUCGCAGUAGUAGUCAAAAUAACAAUUAUCAAAAAAACAUAGGGGAUCUCCAAUCACCGCAAGUAACAUUGGAAUUUCCUCAAAUGCGAUAUUUAGAUUUCGAUUGCUGUGAUACUCAGAGUGAAUAUCAUUAUCAAUACUACUAUACAUGGAUUUAUAACCGGCAUCUUAAUACGAGGAAAAAGUCAUACAAGCGUAGAAAUUUACCAACCAUUGGUAAAAUGCCCUCAUCUAAGAAUAUUCUGCAAUCAAAUGAGGAUCUGGUGCUUGACAAAAGUAAUUUUUAUGACCACUUAGACGAAAAUAACCAUCGCAAAAAUCACAUACUUAAGGAGAAAGCUGCUAACAAUAACGAUGUUUCAAAUUAUGACACCUGGCUCUACGAUACUGCCAACGAGCAUGGCGCCGAUUUUAUGGACACCAAGUCAAAUGACAUCCAAAAUUAUAACACUUCGAAGUAUUUUGUUGAAGCAAACUACAUGGGCACAAGCAAACCAAAACGAGGAAGUGUUCCUUUGCAUCCCAAAGAUGAGGAACUGUGUGAUUAUAGAAGGGUGAAUGUCUAUGACGACUAUGAUACAUCCAUUGGGUAUUCUGACAAUACCAUCAUAGACGAAAAUGGACACACAUCUUUUGGGAUGGCUGCUUCACCUAAAACAUAUAAAGGUUCUUUUAAAAAACCAUCACCGCCGCCGAAAAAUCGUCGUGUAUUAAUUUACAGUAGUCAAAGUCCACGUUUAUCGAAUGUGUUAUCCCACAGACGUACACAGAGGUCGAAAACAAAAGCUGUGGAGUGUAAAUCAGAUGCAACUUCUAAGAUGGUCUUAGGGAAUCGAGCACAAGAUUCAAAAUUCAUGAUUCUUUCAAAGUAUGCAACUUCAAAAACCAACCAUGAUCAUAGCGAUGGAGAAAACCACUUCUCUUCUGAAGAAAGCGACUACGACCUGGAUAACCCUUCGGAACUAGAUGAAUUGGAUGAUUCAGAUAUAUCUUCUGAUUCAGAGGAAUGCUAUCGAUCACACGCCUUCAAAUUAACUCAUGCAGUUGAUGCAAUAUAUACAACUACUUCGGUUGCAUCUUCCUUAAGCUCUGUAGAUAGUUUGUGUAACCCCGAAACGCUAUUAGUGCCCAGUUUAUUUCCUAAUGUACCACCGUAUUUAGCAUUUUCUUCGAAUGCAAAAAAGGGUCCAGAUGUUCCUGCCGAUUUAUAUCGUGUGCUCAAGUGGAGGGUUACAAGCGUGAUGCCGAGAGUGGUGCGCACAAUUCUAUCAAAUAGUGGCAUGCGUCUGUUAAAAAAAACCAAUGACUGGAUGGGCGUUUGGGGAAAACAUAUGAAGUCGCCUUGUUUUAAAACGGUGAGACCGUACCAGAAAAUAAAUCAUUUGCCUGGGUCUUUCAAAAUUGGGCGGAAAGAUUCGUGUUGGAAAAAUUUAGUAAAACAAAUGGCUAAGCAUGGCAAAAAGGAAUUUGGAUUUAUGCCGAAAACUUAUAUUAUACCAAAUGAUCUGAAACAGUUGCGAAAAAGUUGGCCAAAGUAUUCACAGAGGAAUGUAAAGUGGAUUAUAAAGCCACCGGCCAGCGCUCGUGGUUCAGGUAUUCGCGUUGUUGACAGAUGGGCACAGAUACCCAAGAGAAAAUCUCUUAUCGUUCAGAAAUACAUUGAGCGCCCUUUAUUAAUAAACGGCAGUAAAUUCGAUUUACGUUUGUACGUCCUGGUCACUUCAAUGCAUCCGUUACGUGUCUACUUAUAUCACAACGGUUUGGCUCGAUUUGCAUCUGUAAAGUACAGCGAUAAAUCGGAUACCUUAAGCGACCGGUGUAUGCAUUUAACCAAUUAUAGCAUCAACAAGUUUUCAUCAAAUUAUGCUAAAAACGAAGAUGUUAAUGCAUGUCACGGGCAUAAAUGGACUAUUAAGUCGCUCUGGAAUUUUCUAGGAAGCCGAGGAGUACGUACGGAGCUGCUGUGGGAUGCCCUAAGGAGUUUAGUAUUGCGCACGUUAAUAGCGGGCGAAAAUUCGAUAAACAACAUGAUAAGAACAAACGUCGAGUCGAAGUAUAGCUGCUUUGAAUUGUUUGGAUUUGAUGUUCUCCUUGAUGCAGAUCUUAUUCCCUGGUUAUUGGAAGUGAAUAUAUCACCUUCACUGCAUUCGGAAUUGCCGUUGGAUGCCCACGUGAAAGCUCCUCUUGUCCAAAGCGUACUUAACACAGCGCUAUAUAAUGUCCCGCCAAAACUUGCAAUCGAGCGACAAAAGGAGAUCGCUCUUGAAAUGGCAUUGCAACCAGGACCGAUUUGCUAUGACAAACGCAUAUAUAUAAAUUACUUGUCUAGAUCCGAAAAAAUCAAGCACAGUACAUUUACACGCAAAACUAUGGAGGAUCGCGAUGAGUAUAUUGAAGCGAUUCUUGAAAAUUUGACUCCAGAUGAUGUACGUUGUCUUAUAAUUGCUGAAGACGAAUUGGCUCGAAGUUCACCUCUGGAGCGUAUAUUUCCAACUAGGGAAUCAUAUAAAUAUUUAAAAUAUACGGAUACUCCUCGAUAUUACAAUCGCCUACUAGAUGCAUGGGAAACACGUUAUGGCCAUAAUCGUAGCGAGGGCAUUAAAUUGUUACGACGAUAUUGCGAGGAGCAAUAUCAUCUUCAAGUGCCACAGAUACCUACCAAAAAGCCACUAAAAUAUAGGACUCGAGCGAUUAUGAGGAUAACACGACCGACCAAUUUGGCUCUAAAUCCAGCAUUAAUCACUAGAAGGUGGAAGUCUUACAAGCAAACACUUCGAGAACAACACCGAGAAAAUACCACGAAUUCUAAAAACGAUUGCUUAAACCUUACGUUAAACAUAAUAGGCAGCAAAGCAAAUGAACUAUCCGUAUGAUAUAUACUAUGCACAUGCAUAUACAAAAAAAAAGUUAAAAACAUUUUAACACAAAGACUGAUAGAUGGAGAAAUGUAAUGUGACACAAUACACCUACAUACAAAUAUUUUCUCCAUUUAAAUGCCACACCACCGAGCCAGCCUAUUUGUGUUCAUUUACUUCUUCGCCUGCGUUUUAAAAGACUUGAUUACAAUCUUUGUUUUGUAACGAAAAAUGGCAUUGACAUCUUGCCAAUGGUAUUUAUAAUAAUAAGUGCAUUAGGGUUGGAAACCAUUGUAAUUGUCCGUAACCCAAGUUAAAAAAGUCGGAAUUAUUAAUCUAAAUACGACUAUGUAUGUGUAUACCUAGGUCUGACCCAGACUACAUUACCUGUGUUUAAUUUUAGUACUGUAUAGUGCUGUGCAAUGAAUUUGUAUCAAAAUUACAUCUAUCCAGAACAACGAAGUUCUGGAUAAAUUUUCAGUGCCAUGAUAUUAUUUUCACAAAUAAGUGGGCCGCUUGCAGAAAUACCUCUAUUGUGAAUGGUAAAAUAAAAUUAAAACCGAUUGUUUAUUUGAUUGCGUGCACAAAUCUUAAUUAUUUCGAUAUGACUGUUAUGCCCACACAUGUUUUGCAAAUUUUAGAUAUAAAUGUUACAAAUAUUUGCACCUUUUUCCUUCUAUUGUUUUGACAGGUUGGCAAAUAGCGUGGCCACUUCAUGCGAAGCAGACAGACCUGCAGAGCAAACUUUUCUACGUUUUAUUUUUGCCAUUCACGGCUUAUCUAUCCAGUACUCAAAUAAAACACACAUUAUUUGUUAAAAAUUAAAAAAAAAAAUUACCGCAACUGCUUAUUAAUUUACAAAAACGCAAGCUUAGAUCCAUAAUUUUCUAUCUUUUUCAAGAUCAGCAGCCAUUAACCUCUUCAGUUCAUAAAAAAUUCAAUUAGUCCUAUAUCCAGAUAAACUACAGCUAAGUUAAAGCAUUAGAAACUAAACAAAAAUAAAGUAUGUAAUAAUAGCGCAUAAUAAAAAUAUUAGGUCAUUUUGCAUGUUAAGUUAUAAUAUCCCUGUUGUAAAGGGUGAUUUUUUUGAGGUUAGGAUUUUCAUGCAUUAGUAUUUGACAGAUCACGUGGGAUUUCAGACAUGGUGUCA